CCCGUCAACAGGUGUCCAAGCAGCAGCGUUCCAACUACCAUUCCUCUUCUCUAUCAGCAGCUAUUCUAGACACCAUGGUUUCUCAGAACGUCAACAAGACCGGCCUCCACCCCGCCGGCGUCCAGCCGUCCAACUCGGACCACACCGAGAUCGAAGAAGAGCUGCAUGACAAGGCACACAUCGACUAUGACCGUGUAGCCAUUGUCGCCAACCCCUCCGUAGCAGCCCUCUACGAAGAUGCCCUCGUGUACGAGAGCGGAUCUGCCAUCACAUCGAGCGGCGCCCUCUCAGCAUAUUCAGGUGCCAAGACCGGCCGUUCACCCUCGGAUAAGCGAAUUGUCGAGGAAGACUCCUCAAAGAAGGACGUCUGGUGGGGCCCGGUGAACAAGCCCAUGUCACCCGAUGUCUGGCGCAUCAACCGCGAGCGAGCAGUCGACUACUUGAAUACCCGGAAUCGCAUCUACGUCGUCGACGGAUUCGCAGGAUGGGACGAGCGGUACAGGAUCCGCGUACGCGUCGUUUGCGCGCGUGCCUAUCAUGCCCUCUUCAUGCGCAAUAUGUUGAUCCGGCCGUCGAGGGAGGAGCUGGAGCACUUCCACCCGGACUACGUCAUCUACAAUGCUGGUGCCUUCCCCGCAAACAGGUACACCAUGGGUAUGACCUCAUCAACAUCCGUGGCCAUCAACUUCGCCGAGAAGGAGAUGGUCAUUCUCGGCACCGAAUACGCCGGUGAGAUGAAGAAGGGUAUCUUCACCGUGCUCUUCUACGAAAUGCCCGUGAAGCACAACGUCCUUACCCUGCACUCGUCUGCAAAUGAGGGCACGAAUGGCGACGUUACUGUCUUCUUCGGUCUUUCAGGGACAGGAAAGACUACGCUGUCGGCCGACCCCAAGCGCGCUCUCAUCGGCGAUGACGAACACUGCUGGAGUGACAAGGGUGUCUUCAACAUUGAGGGCGGCUGCUAUGCCAAGUGCAUUGGCCUAUCAGCGGAGAAGGAGCCCGAUAUCUUCAACGCCAUCCGAUUCGGUGCCAUUCUCGAGAACGUCGUCUUCGACCCUGUAUCACGCGUUGUCGAUUACGAUGAUGAUACCCUGACAGAGAACACUCGCUGCGCGUACCCAAUUGAGUACAUCGAGAAUACCAAGAUUCCCUGUAUCUCCUCCAAGCACCCGAAGAAUAUCAUCCUCCUCACGUGCGACGCCCGUGGUGUCCUUCCUCCGAUCUCCAAGCUCAAUAAGGAGCAAACCAUGUACCACUUCAUCUCCGGCUACACCUCCAAGAUGGCUGGAACUGAGCAAGGGGUAACGGAACCGCAAGCGACCUUCUCUUCGUGCUUUGCCCAGCCCUUCUUGGCCCUGCACCCAAUGCGUUACGCUAAGAUGCUUGCUGAGAAGAUCGAAGAGCACAAGACCGAUGCUUGGCUCCUAAACACUGGUUGGGUUGGAGCUGGUGCCACUACUGGCGGCAAGCGCUGCCCGCUCAAGUAUACUCGCGCCAUUCUGGAUGCUAUCCACUCCGGCGAGCUCGCAAAGUCCGAAUACGAGACCUACGAGACCUUCAAUCUCUCCGUCCCCAAGUCCUGCCCCAACGUUCCCGACGAACUUCUCAACCCCGCCAAGUCAUGGAACGGUACCGCCGACUUCAAGGGCGAGGUCGAGAAGCUUGGUCGCCUGUUCAUGGAGAACUUCCAGAAGUACGAAGAUCAGUCAACGACCGAGGUCAUCAAAGCUGGCCCGCACGUAUGCUGCUGCCCAAAGCACUAGAUUUGUGUUUCUAUAGACGGGUAUUAUCUUACCAUCUCACAGAUUGACUAAAAUUUCCUUGACAUUUCCUCCUCGGUCGAUCCUCGCGACGACGCGAACGAGUUUCCUUUUCCUCAUACUAUCUUCCUUAACUUCCUUCUCCUAUCAUAAUUUCGCCGUAUCUACUU